AUGAUCGGUCACAGGGGCCUACGGGCUGCCGCCAGCCGGGCCAGGGGCCUGCAGCAGGGGUUCAAGGAGCUCUGCGGCGUGACGGCAGCGGGCGGCACCGCGGCGGCGGCGCCCUGCGGCCUCGCCUGCGCCGCGUGCCAGCAGCCGCUGCUGCUGCCGCUGGCGGCCUGCGCCGCGUGGCCCGCAGACGCGGCGGGAAGGCCAUGGCAGGCGGCGGCGGUUCGUGGCUACGCCAAGAUGGGCACCAAGAUGCCGCACUCCGGCUAUAACCCCCCAGCCGACAUGAACAAGGCGAUGCAGAUGCGGCUCUCAAUGGUGUCGCCCAACCUGCUGGCCGAGCCAUACCGCGGCGUACCACCCCCGCAGCCGCUCACAUCCUACUUCACGAUCAGGGGAUGGAAGGAGCGGUGGCAACGCACCCUGUCCCAAUUCAAGUCGAUGUACACGCUGGCAAAGUGCAAGAAGUAUGUGCCCGGCUUCAACCGCAACGCCUUCAAGCAGGAGAGCCUGGAGCUCUACAGGGACAUCUGCCGCCUGCUGGCGCAGGGGGAGCGGGGCAGCCUGCGCCAGCUCGUCACCCCCGCCGUCUUCUCGGAUAUGAAGCGCCAGCUGAAGCAGCGCGAGGAUCCGGCGGCUGGGCGCGCGUGCAGUGGGACCUCGUCAGGGUGGGAGCCUACCGUGGAUGAGCUUACCACAGUGCACGGCCGGCUGAUCAUGAUCAACCCAAAGGACGAGACCAGCGGCUUUGCGCAGCUGACGGUGCGCAUCCCCAGCGCGCAGCGCUUUGCGGCGUACGACAAGGCGGGCAAGCUGGUGGCAGGCGACCCGGAGCAGUCGAUUGAUGUGGAGGACUACUGGGUGUUUGAGCACGCGUUCAAGGCCUCUCCGGCCAACCGCUGGCGCCUGGCCGGGCGGCUGAGCGUGCUGCCGCACGCGGCGGAGCGAGCGAAUGGCGGCUUCGGUGCAGCACAGCAGCAGCAGCAGGCGCAGCCGGCGGCGGCUCACCAGCAGCAGGCGGCCCCGGCAGCGGCAGCAGCGACCGCCGCCGCUGCCGGCGCCGCGGCAGCAGGGGAGCCAGAGGUGUUGCGGCCGGGGCACGUGGCGGGGCAGCAGCGCACGCAGCGGCAGCUGCAGUGGGCCGACAAGCCCGCGGGGCGCAAGGCUGCGGCAGCACGUGGCCGCAGGUGA